UCUCUCUCUGCACCAGAAAGAAAUGAGGUUUCUAGCUCCAUAGAUGAACAGCUUAGGAAGGAUUAUAUCAGACUUUCCAAGAGCCCUAUAAUGUCUCUGGUGUUCUUCAUUUCUAAAAAGGAUAAAUAUGACCAGUGUUUAUCCUUUUGUUAA